AUGGGUAAUCAGUAUGUGAAACCACCAAGAGAGGGCAAUUCGCCAUAUACUCGAUCUGGUAUACCACCACCUCCCAUUCUUAAGAAGUCCGGUUCUGAUAAACCAAGUCAUCGCAUAAAUGAUCCAAUGUCCCUGGAACUUCACAUGGCCGAUGAGCGAGUUCGAGCUGCUGGUCUUAGCCCGGCGGAGAGAGAAUGGCGAAUGAAAUGGGUCAAAGAUCAGCAUCUCCAUCCCGAUGAACCUAUUGUUGUUGACGCUGUCCAUCGUCAACUGAAUCCUAUACGAGUUCUUUAUAGGUAUCCAUGGGACUGGCUUUAUAUGCACUACCUUAAGCCAACCUUUGGAGUGUACUACGGGACUGCUAUCCGUGUAACUGUGCCAAAGUUGUUUAUGGCUUUUGUGGCUCUCGAAACGAUUUAUUACUACUGGAAAUAUGAAGUGAAGGACUGGCAACAUCUUCGUGGUGUUGAAACAAUGCCUCUCAAAGAACUGAUUGUGAAUGAGAAAGAGAUAGAAGAAAAAUACCCAGGAUUGAAGGCGAAAGCACUUGUGGACCCCGCCAAGCAUGGUUAUUACACUCCUACGUUCGACAAGAGAACUGCAUACUUGGAUGUCGGUGCUACUCAAAGACCUUGGUAG